AUGUCUUUCCCACGGAAGCUCGCUGGCGUCGCCGAGAACGGAGUCCGUUCGCGUCCAGACUUCCUAGACUUGUGGCGGUACACCGCUGACUAUAUGUCCAUUUGCCGGCACGUAUUGCUACGAGCGUACAUACCGAGACAUGUUAUUACGACACUCCAUAUUGCUCGACGACCUCUUUCGCGUGCUCUGCCCCUAUCUCGACCAAAGCUAUAUGCAAGCGGUCCCUCCGAAGUCGCGCCGAGUGGCGAAGGAAGGGGAGUCCAGCAGGACGCGGACUCGGCUCGUGACGACGGUACCCGUGCACCGGGUGCGGGUGAAGAAGGAUGGGGUCGUGUCGAGCGGGUCAAACGGGCACUACUCCCUUCAUGGCUGGUUGACGAGACCGCGCAGCAGACGGAAGCCGAAGGUGAAACGUCAAACUCCGAAUCCAAGGAAUCGACCCCUGACACGGGAGAGGAUCCAUUGGUCGCCUAUAUCGCGCAGCGACGACAGGGCAACGUCCUGUUCCACAGAUUGGGGGACAGCCCGCACAAAAUAUUCGAGGUACUGGAGGCUGCUACGAGGAAACGGCGGACGGAUGUCAUUCAGCUUCUUGUGGUGGACGUGGUGGAGAAUGGACACCUCCUCGGUCCGCAGCUACGCGUUGGGCUCAUCGAACGCCUCCUUCUGCUUACGGAAAAGGAUUUGCUGGCCAAGAAGCAGGCGCUCACGCUAUUGGAGAGCGUACAGUCGUUCACCCAGCUCGUAACAAUACCUGAAGCAACCAGGCUAACCGUCGCCGCAGCUAUUCUAGCCAUGCCUCGUAACCCCACCCUCGACUCCCGACUUUUGGACAUGCUCGCUCUUCUCCUGCUCGAUUACAUGAACAGGGUUUCAGAGCGCGCCAGGGCAAACCCACAGCCGACGGCUAUGUCCCUACGGGCUACUUCCGUAAUGUAUCUCCUCACUUAUGACCUCGCAGCCUUAGGCCUGCAACGGCGCUCCUUGGACAUCGUGAACUCCCUUGUUCAUAUUAACAGGCUCUCCCCCUACGCGAUACAGAAAGCGGAUCUCUCCUCGGGCGAUUUUGCUCGAAUCGUGCUCUUCGCACUUGUCCGCUCGUCUACCUCGUGGGGAUGGCGCCGUCUUUCCACCGCUCUCAUAGAGCGCGUGCUCCCCACCAUGAAUCUCAUCACUCCCGACGUUGGCGAGCUGGCUGUGGAGGUGCUGCGAUCCCAGGUCACGGACACGAGAGACAAGACAAUAGAGUCCGCCACUGCUAUUGUCGUCCAGCUCAUGGAGCGUUGUCCUGGAUUCAAGAUCCCGCAGCCGGUGUUGCAAGACUUCUAUGUGGGCGCCGAGCGACACCGCUGCCCGGAGCUUGCUGAGAUGGUGUACAGCGUCUCGCAGUCGGAUCUGGUCCGCAAGUAUCACAAGCACGCCUAUCUGCCUCCGGACAAGGGCACGCUCCGCUGGUUCCUCAGGUACCUCACAGACAAGCAGAAACACACGCACCUCGCGCGUGUGCUCGCCUCCCAGCUAGUCGACGAGAACAUCCCGAUCGCGCUGCAGUUCCGCGCACCUGUCAUCGCGAUCCUGGCCGCGCAGGGCUUUGCGUCGCAGGCCCGCGCGCUCUGGGAGCGCUACGCCGACAGCAAGGAGCCCGAGGUUGUGGUGGGCAACGCGGCCGCGAUGCUCCGGUUGGUCAGCCUGUUCGUGAGCUUGAGCAAGCGAUCGGAGUCCAGCAUCCUGAAGGAGGGUGCCCCGCCCUCGGCAGUGCCCGUGCCCGACGUUGUGGAUGCUGCAGUUGCCAGCAUGGUGCGCGAAGAGAGCGAAGAGCCUUCGUUGGGUGGAAGUUCUGGAACCUCAUCUCCGAUAGCCGGUCUAACGCAUUCUGGCGGUGCACAAGACUGGUCCAGUGCGUCGUUGCAGCCCAACGUGGUAGGAGAGGAUGAAUCUGGUAUACCUUGUACUCAAGUUACCGAACGUUCCCUUCUGGAAGAACUAACGCAUGCAUGCGCUAUCGAAGGUGAUCCGAAGGUCGUUAAUGAAGACGUAGACGCAACACGAGCCUCGGGCGGGGAUCUCCCUGUAGAAUCUGAUCCGUCCCAACCUUUAUCUGCGGAGACGACCGAAACCGAGGCAAGCGACGAACAGGCGGAAUUGUCGGGGCUACACGCGGACGAGGCCAAGCGGAAGGGCUCCGACUUCAGGGAAUUCGCCGAGCGGGUGUUCAAUACGUUCCGGAGGAGUCGCGCGCCAUACAAGGGGGCGCACCACUGGGAGCUGACCGCGAUGGCGCGUGCGAGCUUCAUGCUGGGCCACCUGGAGGAGGGCCUGGACGUGUUCAGGUACUUCUUCCGCGCACGUAAGGUGCCGGACAUGUACGACAUCAACGUCGCGCUCGCGGUCCUCGCGGAGCACAACCCGCCUGCGGCGGCGCGCGUCAUCGAGCGCAUGAUCCGGAUGGGCCUCGAGCCUGACGCGGUCUCCUUCGGGUCCGUCAUCCACCACGCCGUCCUCCGCGGCGACAUGCCGCUCGUGUCCGCGCUGAUACGCCGCUCGCGCGAGGUCGGCGUGAGGCGGCUCUCGUACAAGACGGUGGGGACUCUCCUGCACGCAGGGGUCACCCUCCCGGACGAAGAUGGACGGGUGUCGCCGCGCGCGCAGCUGCAGAGCUCGAGUGACCUCGUCGACUCGCUUCUGCAGGCGGGGACGGUGCCCUCUCCGCGGAUGGGGCGUGACUGUGUUGCCGCUGCGCUCAGGGCGGACGACUCGGAGAUGGCGUUCAGGUUCUGGCGGCUGCUCGUGAAGGACAAGGUGCAGUGGGACGACGAGGCCCAGGCGAGGACGCGUCAGUUGAUCGCGAAGCGGAUACAGAAGCAUUACGUCGCGGGACGGGUGGACGAGACUCAGGCGCGCAGCAUGCUGCGUGAACUCAAGGAGCGUCUUGUCCCGCUUGGGGGCGCAGGGACGGAGGCGGCGGCAACAGACAUUGCCAGCGAAACGCGCGACGAUUGA